UGCGCGCGUUCAGUCUCAAGUCAGUUGUCGAGUAGGUAAGACGUGCUGUCAUCGCCCAAGGUUUACGAGUCACGCUCGCGGUGUGUUAGUUUGUUUACAGACAUAACUGAAUGUUUAUUUAUUGAAUGAGCUGUGUGCAUCAAGACUAUCGAACCUUUCGUGAUGUUUUGUUUUGAAGCGAUGUGUUGUGCGGUUUGUUUGUUUUUGUGACAAGUGGUGUGAAAUACUAACAGCGUUUUGGAAAUAAAUAGAGCGAUGCCCCCCAACACGGACGAUGAGGAGCGGCGACUGAAGGUCGUCCAGGGGAUGGUCAACAACACCCCCUGGAAGCACGCUGUCGAGCCUGAUGUCGUUUCAAAGCCGCGACCGCCUCUGUACAACCCGGAGGACUACGCGAUGUCGCUGAAGAAGUGGGGGCGCCGCGCCGAAGAGGCCAAACAGCCCCCGAGUAUCAUCGCCCUUAGCACUCCUCAGCCCGGAGAGAUGAGCCUCAGACAGUUCGCCAGCGUCACAGACCUCCUCAACAAACUCAAGGUUGACCUCAAGUUGGCUCUCGCGAGUUUUGUGCAAGAGUUUGUUGGAGAUCCAGUAGAUGGAGUAACGCUGCUUCUUGAGUUGUUGAGAGGCAUCCAACUCUCCCAAGCCUCUCACAAUGGAAGAGUACCACCGCCUGUUUUACGAAGGUGCUUGCUGGACGAACACGCUUGUCUACAGUGCCUCCGUAGCUGCCUGAGGUGCCAGGAUGCUCCUAGAAGGUUUGCUUCCUCUCCUGCUGGUCUGUUCACGUUGGCUGUCUGCAUCAUGAGCAACGUUAACAAGUCCAGGAUACUCGCUCUAGAGCUGUUGACCAAGACCUGUGAACACUCGACAGCGAAAGGCCAUGGACCAGUUUCUGAUGCCAUGUCCACCAUGAGACUCCGCUUUGGUGAACCUGUCCGGUUUCGGUUCUUGGUGGGCAUGUUGUCCGGUGCAUGUCCCGACCUAUUGUCAGCCGGUUUACGCUUCAUCAAUGCCUUCGUUGAGACUGCACCCUCCGAACAACACCGUUUCUACAUCCAAGCUGAAUUGGAACAAGCUGGUUUCAAACCCAGUCUUCUAGGCAAGACUCUGCCAUCGAAAGCUCCAGGAGUCGAGAGUGUGAAGUCUGAGCUCAGUCGCUGGGACAAGAAUUUCAUUGAUGUUCCAGCCUUAAAAGCCACUGCUGAGAAGGCCACAACGGAAGUAACGGUUCUUAAAGAAAAGCUCACCAUUUUGGAAAGACGAAUACAUAUUCUCCAGGAGGAGAAGGGAGUCCUCUCAUCUCUGGAGAAGUGUCUGAAAGAUCGUUGCUCAGAGCUGGAGAGUGAAGUGUGCUCUCUGAGAGAUCAAGUUCCCCCACGUACAGCUCUGAGACGGUCUUCCAAACAGGAAGGAAGCGGUUCUACCCCAGCGGAAGAUGAGGGUAUCAGCUCCUCUGAUCAAGAUGAGGAAGAUAUCGAACAAGAACCUCUCGUAUAUGAGAUGUUUAAUGUUCAGAAUGACACAAUCGUUGUUGACGGUCGUGAGACUAACGUGGACAAAGAAGAUGAAGAGGAGGAAACAACAAUUGAAGAAGUGAUGGAGGAGUUGCAGAAUAUCAUCAACGACGCAGAGACUGACUAUGUGACCAAGCGUGACCGAGGGACUAAGGAGGAGGUAGCUCUGGCAAAACACUUCCAGAGGCUGACUGGACGCUCCAAUGCUGACCUCACCUCUGAGGCCCUCAUCCUGGAUGAUGAGGUUGACAUUGUUCCGGAGAGGCUUUUACCACAACCACCUAGGAGAUCUCGAAGUCUCUUCCUUCUCGGGCGGGAUUAUGAGGAACAUAAUCCUUUCUUUGAGGAUGAAGACAGUUUUGACAACUCUGAUUCUCUCCUGAGUACAUCCAAGGAGCCAAGCACCAUUGAGAACUUUGCAGAUCAGCCACCAUGCAAGACAGCGCUUAGGAGACGCGAGACAAUGGUUGCUGAUCGUGUAGAUGCACACAAAAAUGUUCUUAGAAGACGAGAGACAUUCCAUCAUCAGCGAAUACAAACAAGACCAGAACCUCAAGCCAUUCAGAAGGAAAUUCUUCCAGAGAUUAAAGCGAGGAGAGGGAGUUUCGACGGAUUAUUCUACGUAACAGAUGUCCAAAACACCUACUUCGGAUCAGACAAAUCUGGCAAGCCAAAACAGGGAACGAGAGUGUACAUUGAUCCAAAAUCAGACCAUGUGAAAAAGCUCAAGUCAAAAAGUUUAGAUAGAAUUGGUGAAGGUUUAGAUAGCUUAGUGGAUAUAGUCGUAACUUCUGACAUGGUCCAUCAAGAACCCACAAAGGAAAUCAAUAACUCAUCCGUGGUCAUAGUCUCGCGUUCCCCAAGUAACAAAGUGAAGGAAUAUAGGCCACGAUUAGAGAAGUCAGAGGAACCUGCAAGGCUGCCGUCAGAGAGAUCAGUUUUUUUACCGAUUCAGAGGAACUCUUCACCUACGGAUCUGCAGAAAUUUGUGCUGAAGAGAGGACACACUAAUGCAGGAUUGUACUCUGGUCAGCACAACAUUAGGGAUGCUCCUGGACUCAUUCCUGCCAACAGGGUGAAGACCAUGUCAGAGUACUAUAAUCGGGGUCUGAACAGUCUUCACCACAUCAACCUGAGCAUCUCCACUGGCAAGUUGAUGGAUCUUCCCUCCGGACUCUACUGAGCUUCUUUGGUCCAGAAUACUUCAAUUGAGAACAUCCCAGCAAACAUAAUUAACAUAAGUAUAACCACCAAAGAAGGUAUAUUUUAAAUGGGGAACAUCUACAUUUUUUCAACCAAUUUUAAAUAUUGUAAUGUACAUGACUUAUUUUAUCCUCUGCUUCUCACAGUUAUGUAGUAAUAAUUUAUGAUUUUAAUAGAUAGUGAUUAAUUUUUAUAUGUAAUUAUACUUCAACAUUGUCAGUCAUUAUUCUGAAAAAUUAAUACACUGUAAGUUAUCAAAAAGAUACUUUGUGUACAAAGUUUCUGCUAUCCCAGAUGUUAAAAUAUUUGUCAUGAAUUUAUAUAUACAUAAGUGACAACUCUCUACAGGCGCAAUGUUUUUUUCCUAUGCGAUAUAUAUACAUUAUAUAUAUAU